AUAGGCUCUGUGCCUCUGUCUUAUAUUUUAUUUCAACCCACUCUACUCAGACAGCAAACUUCUCUUUUACAAACUUAAUUUUGUAUAGAAGGACAUUUGUGCCCACAACAUUGAAUAUAAGCAUUUGGAUUAUUAAAUGAUACAUUGACCAUUUUUACCAGUAAAGACAGAGGUAAGAAAUUGAACAUCAAGAAAAUUACUUAAGAAUUGGCUGCAGUCUGUAAUGUAAUAAUAACUGGUUGAAGGAUCAACUAUUUGAGAGAAGAGUAAAGAAACCACUCUCACAUCUGGCUGCCAUUAUUUCUCAUCUUCCCUGCUAGCCCCUAUAGUGGAUGGAUGGACAUUAUGAUGGAUUAUUACAAAGUUUUGGACAUUCCCCAAAGUGCCUCCAUGAAUGAUAUUAAACGAGCGUACCGGAGUAAAGUGCUCAGAUGGCAUCCAGAUAAAAAUCCAGAGAACAGAAAAGAAGCUGAGCAGAAAUUCAAGGAGAUUGUUGAAGCUUACAAAGUUCUUUCAGAUAAAAGUACUUGUAACCACUAUGAUGGGGAUAGCGAAGAUACUUCCAAAGCAACAAAAAAAACUGAGGAUGAGAAACACUUUUCAGUGUUUGAUCAGGAUGGCAUCAAAAUAUUCUUCACAAGACAGCAUUCCUCUUCAGAUUUUUCUGUAUCAUUCUUCAGUGCUCCUAAAAGAUUCCACCACUUUUCUAUCAUGACUGCCGUCCUCAAUGGCAAAAAGAUCACAACCAAAAGGCAUCUUGAGAAUGAAAGCAAGUACUUGGAAGUUGAAGAAGACGGGAAGACGGUAUCUAUCCAUGUUAAUGGGAUUCCAGUUUAUGACAGAGAAUUUAAUGGAUCAGUAGGAAGCUUGGCUUCGGAUUGCAAGCUGGACAAAGGACGCUAUCGUCCACACAGGCGGCGUUUCUGGACAUAUGAAAGACGGCAGUGGGCUGAUGAAUGGCGGCAGUGGGCAAAUAAAUGGCGGGACUGGGCUGAAGAGUGCCGUGAUUGGGCUGAAGGAAGGAACAAGACAAAAAAUCAGGAUAAUUCUGGACAUCAUCAGGCAAAUGCACCAGAACAUCCAAAAGCUAGUCAAGAACAUCUCAAGUCAGAAAAGAAUUGUCCUAAGCCAGGAGGAAACCUUCAGGGAUUUCCCAUGCCAGGGGAGGGGAAAUGUGAUUCAAAAGAAGGCCACAGUAAAACAAAUAAAGGACCACCUCAGUCAGAAGAGGAACACUUCAAGCCAGAUACAGGAUGCUUUGUUUUUCCAAAACCAGGUGAGAAAAGUCCUCAGAUGGAUGAAGGACAUCCUAAGUCAAGCAAGAGGCAACCCAAACCAGAGGAAGGGGACAUUUUGCAAAAUGUUGGUAUUGCUAAGUCAGGGGAUGGACCUGCCAAUCAGGAUGAGGGACAUCAUAGAACAAAAUAUGGGAAGCCAAGGUCAGAAGAUGGUCAGGCCAUGCCAGGGAAAGUGCAUUUUGGAUUACAGAAGUCAGACCAGGAAUUUCCUAAUCCUAAAAAUUCAGAUCUCAGGGGCAAUUCCACUCCUAGGAAACACAUUUCUGAAUGCAACUCUAAAGCUAAGACAGGUGAACUCCACAGCGAGAAACCGGAACUACAGUCUGAAGGAAACAAGAGCCAUGCUGAGAACUUUGAAAAGAAAAAUCCAAAGGAGGAAAAAUUGGAAGUGCAAGGCCAGAAAGAUGGGAUUCCAUUAAAGUCUGAAUCAGAGAAGAGAAUCAAGCUAAAUGUUCAAGAGAUAAAAUAUUCUCUUGAUCCCAAACAGGGAUCACAAGUGUCUGCCUAUAAUGCCAUAAGGUUGUCCCUGAAAAGGAAAGAGCUCCAAAUUCAGACAAGAAAACUAUAUGCCAGAAGAAAUAAGUCUCAGGCUAGGACCAAAAUAUCCUACAGCUUUAGGAGGAACAAACCUCAGGCAGGAAAACACAGGAUCCCCGAUGGGCAUAACAGAAGAGAGUUGGAAGGGAGAUUCUACUUUAAUGAACGCAUAGAGAUGAUUCCUGUUGGGAAGAAGUCAUCUGCGGGUAAUAAGCAUCUUCUCACAAGUAGAAAGAAAGGCCCUCUACCACCCCUCCCAAAAGGUGAAACUCCUUCCCAGGUGAAAAAGAGACUGCCCAGAAGAACGGCAUAUCCCUCAUCUGAAAUUCAAGGUGAAAAGCUUCAUUCUACCUCUGAAGCCAGACAGCUUUUGAACACACAGCAAAGGAAGCUGAUGAAAUUGCCUUGGGUCAGUGGACAUCUUCCAAGUAUUCAGGGUCGGAAGUUUGGAACAAAUCAGUUCCCAAUUAUGAAUCGUUGACCAUUUGAUGGAUUCAAUCAAGCUAGCACUGAGCAAGGUCGAUUUCUGUGGUUCACAAGUUGUGAACAUCCAGAUUUCUGCAUUCCAACUGGGUGAUGAAGAAUACUACAUUGCUGGGCUUCAAUAGAAGGGAGAGUCCUAAGAGUUCACAUGAUCAGUGAAGGAAGUAUU